AUGCGUCUUACCGCUCUCUAUGCCGUCAUUACCGUCGCCGUCGACCGGCUUGGAGUUCUAGCUGAAGGGCUGCCCGUAGUCAUUAACGUCCCAAGGGUUGCUUCUGACGACGCCGCUUCAUUGGACCCAUCACCUGUAUCUUUCUCGUUGCCUUUUGCUGGGCUGCCGGGUUACUUUCCUGGUAUACCUCUUACUCUGAAAUGUCUUGGCACUUUCAAGGAUGAGGAACUUCUGAGUAAAUAUGGCGGUGUGAACCCUGGCUGGCUGACGGCUGCUGACGAAUCAUUCAGGGACUAUGCCACUUUCGACCCCAAUCUGGCUGUUCCUAAUGUGAUCACGGGAACCGCGCCCACAGGUCAAGGUAUCAGCACCUAUGGGCCUUUGCUUAUGCGGCUGGUUGCAGAUUACCAAGGACCAAUUGUUUGGGGCCUCAAUCGAGGUGGCAACAACAUCACCAACACCAUCGCAGCUGCCAAGGCUGCAGUCAAGCAAUUGCCGUCCUUGUAUGCGUUGGAGCUUGGUAACGAACCUGUAAUUUUCGGGGCUAUCAAACAGCCAAUUGCUUCGACUGUAAACGAAUGGACGCCGGAAACAGACGCAGAGUCCGAAUCCGAAUGGCAAGCGGCCAUUGGUCAAGCAAUCAACCGCAAUAGUAUCUUCCAAGCGGCCAGCUACUACCAGAACCCUACCCUAGAAUGGUCAGCGGCCAACUAUUUCAAAUACGCCAAUGCUUCCGCGGAUAAGUAUAUCAGAGUCUUCUCUCAUCACAACUAUCCACAGUCUGCUAUUUCCUCCCAGGAAGAUCCGCCCAAUGCCGAGGCCCUGAUGAGCCACAUCAAUGUCACCAAGAAUGUCGGUCUUUACAAAGACGACGUCAAAGCAGCUCAAGCCAGGGGAUUUGAUUAUGUUUUCGGCGAGACCAAUUCUGUCGCUAACGUGAGCGAACUCUUAGUCUCCGGCAAUGGAAGCCCUGGACAAGGUGAAACGUUUGCAACCGGUCUGUGGGUCCUCGACUAUGCUUUACAGGCCGCCAGUAUCGGUAUCAAGCGUCUCUACUUCCACCAAGGUACGGCAGGCAAGUCUUACUACGUUUGGUUCAACGAAAAAGGUGUCCUGUCACCUUUCUAUGGCGGUUACGUCGCCGCUCAGGCCAUGGCCGGGGGAUCUCGAAUUCAAGCGCUCGACGGUGGAAGCACAAACUACGCUGGCUACUCCAUCCACGGUUCCAACGGCAAGGUCAAGAAACUCGUGUUAAUCAACACCGACUUUUUCAACGGGAACGGUACUCGCUCAACCCAAAAGUUCGUGCUCAAGAACCUGUCAAGCAAACGGGUGAGCGCCAUGCGCCUAACAGCAAAGAGCUCUCUUUCUCGACAGGACGAUGGAGAAGCGCCCACAUUUGCCGGAAUCUCGGUCGACGAUAGUACUUGUCAGCCCUCGGGAAAGACUGUGGUUGAGACGGUAGAUGUCACGGGAGGCAGCGCCUCAUUCAACUUGGCCGCGUCAGAGGCUCUAUUGAUCACCCUAAUAAUACUUCGAUACAGGAAAGUAGAGCCCAAUCCUGUUGGAUUAGUGAUAGCGCCUCGAUAA